AUGAGUCGUGAUGGCAGGAAGAGCGCACACCGCGCAUCACGCCGCGCGGAGCGCUGGCAGAUGGCGGUCAAGGUGCAGCCGACUCUGCGAGCCAUGACAAGGAUGAAGGCGACGACUAUCUUCAAGGAGCGCAAGAUGUCUUUCGUCGCGCGCAUCGAACGCGCCAUCUGGACCAAAAUGGCUGGUGAUGCACCAAGGUACCGGCGGAUCCAUCGAACCUUGGUCAGGAGCAUCGCGGAGAGUGUUGGUCAUCCACGCCUCGAACUGUGGGUUCAAUUCAUGACGGACCUCCUGGUCGUUAGGAGACCCGCUGCUCUUCUUACUGCGACGGCAAGUUUUAUGGAGUGGUUGUCGGAGACCGCACUUUCCGUGGCAGCGGUCYAAUCUGACCAGAAGCGGUGGAAACCACGGAACGUCAAACACCUGCCAGCCCAGCGGCUACAUAUCGUGGGCCGCGGUCGAGUCGGCAAGAACUUCCCGCCCACAGUCCACCAAUUUGUCGCGCGUCAGCGGACGAGAUGCACGAAGCUUGCCAAGAACAUCUGUCGCACCGUUCCUCCACAAUCAGCCCAUCUGAUUCCCGCCUGCAUCAUCGGAGAAGCCAGUGGACGUGAUUCUCAGCGGACAUGGAACAUCCUCAGUACUCCUUCAGAGUCAGACAUCCAGCAGCACCAGCAAGAACACUCGCAGCACAAGAUCUGUCACUUCUUGCGCUUGCCUGCGGAGAUUCGCAACGCCAUAUAUGCCUACGCGCUUGCAUCGGACGGCGAUACCGACUCAAGUGGUGAGGUCAAUCUGCUGACUGCGGCAUCACCAACACCAGCCCUGCCUCUGACGUGCAGGCAGAUCGGAGAAGAGUGCGGAUUGAUGUACCUGAACAACUUCCGCAACUUCUGGCGUGACAGUCAGUUCUACAUCGAUGCAUCAGCAUUGUAUACCGGUUGGCACAUACGACCCGCGAUUUCGCUUCUUCCGCAGCGCGAAACACAGAAAAUCACCAGUCUCCGGAUCGCAUUCGUCGCCAAAAACGGCAUCUACAACGCCAUCUUCAAUCAAGAUCACUGGCUUGUUCAGCGGGUUGGCGGGCCGUGUCCAUCUGGCCGCGGUGCAACAGGCACACGAUCACUGGGCGUCGACGAGAUUGUGAUUAUCUUCCAUUGCAGCCCCCAGGCACGGUGCACUCACCAUGGGGAUGACUAUGUAAUGAAGAUUUCCAGCUCGGCCGCUACCACUCACCUAUCGUUCCACCAGCGCAUGAUCGGAAACGGUAGACGCAUGCAGUUUGAUCUUCGAGAACAAAUCGUUGCUGUCAUCGAGAGACUACAUAAAUGGGUUUGA